AUGUGUCCGGCGUCCAGAACUGCUCCCAAUUACGACGUCUGGUCUACUGUUGAGCCCACGAUUGAUGUCGAUGUCCUCAUGCCUAACGGAACCCUAAUUACCGUUAAUGUAAUGAAAGAAAUUACUUUUUCAGAGAUCAAAGAGUUGACGCGAAUUACGGAUAAUAUCUAUUGCUGUCGAUCGGGAUCUGCUGCCGACACUCAGGCCAUCGCCGAUAUAGUGGCCUAUCAUUUGAACUUUUAUGAGUAUGUCUUGGAGUGA